UUUUCCUUUUCCUUUUUUCCUUCCCGCAGCAGCCAGUUUAUAUAGGAAGAAACUUCUGGGAGCCUCUUAUUGAAUACACAGACCUCUCUCCUAUCUUCAUCCUUGUUAAUUAAUGUUACAUGCCAAAAUGAAGUACAGAUGUUCUGUACCUUUGAUAAUAUUGGCACUUGUAUUAGUGCCUGUGAAUUGUAACAAUUCUACGGCGGAGACAUGUUAUCACUGCAGUAUGAAUAAUCCAAAGGCUUCAACCCUAGGCCCUGAACUGGAGGGGAUGUCAGGUUACAAACGAUGCUGUAAAGGGGAAGUUCGUGAUUACUUCAAGAGCACCCAUUAUAAGGAAAUCAUCUCAAACGGUACCUCGGUUGUGGUCCAUGAAAACAGCUCCUACGAGCAUUACCACUCUUUUAUCUCUGCCUGUGCUCACUACCAGCCAUAUGGCUUUGGUAAUACCUACAUCAACGGGAACUUCUUUGGAGACAUGGAAGUCGCAGCUUUUCUUGCCCAUGUAAUUGGCAGCAAAAUUUACUGUGGAAAAAAAGUAGCCACCAUGGAACAAUUAGCCCAGGGUUCAUGCUAUAACGAGGAAAUAAAUUUCAACUCGAAUUACUGUGAUGAGCGCUACCAAAAUAUUUAUCCUUGUGUUCCUGGAGUUGAAUACUAUGGUCGAGGUCCUCUGCCUAUAUAUUGGAACUACAAUUAUGGAAAAGCAAGUAAAGAUUUGAGUGUUGAUUUGUUGAGCCAUCCAGAAUAUAUUGAACAAAAUACGACUUUGGCCUUCCAAGUUUCACUUUGGAGGUGGAUGACACCAAUAAAGGAGGAUCAGCCUUCAGCACACAAUGUCUUUAUUGGUUACUGGGAACCCACCAAGAAUGACAUUUUAGCUAAUGGAGAUUUUGGUGCUACCAUGAAGGUGCUUUACGGAGAUCUUGUUUGUGGUCAAGAUGAUAAUUUGUCCAUGGAAAACAUCAUCCUCAAUUACCUAAAUUACCUUGAUACUAUGGGUGUUACUCAAGGAGCAAGAUCUCGUGAAAUGUUUAGUUGUGCUAAUUAGCAGCCUGCUUCCAAUCCAUCAUUUUCCUCGUAUCCUUGAGCUUUGUUUGGUAUUGAUGAAUUGUCCAUCCUUUUUUGCAAUAAUCAUUUUGGUAUUUUAAUGCAUAAGGUUCUGAAAAUCUAUCAAGCGACAAAAAGGAAUUUUUUUUUUUUUUUUUUGACUUAAGCCUUUUUAUUAAUGUUGUGUAACUCUUAUAUUUAAUAUUGUUUUCAACAUACUAAUAUUGUGUAAUUAUAUAGCAUGGACUACAUCUAAACCUUUCUAUGUUUUUAUAAUUAGUAUGUAACUUGCA